GCUCUUCCGCCGCCGCCCUGCGCCAGCAUGGCCGGCUGCGCGGCGCGGGUUCCGCCCGGCUCCGAGGCGCGUCUCAGCCUCGCCACCUUCCUGCUGGGCGCCUCGGUGCUCGCACUGCCGCUGCUCACGCGCGCGGGCCUGCAGGGCCGUACCGGGCUGGCGCUGUACGUGGCCGGGCUUAACGCGCUGCUCCUGCUCCUCUACCGGCCGCCGCGUUACCAGAUAGCCAUCCGAGCUUGUUUCCUCGGCUUUGUGUUUGGCUGCGGCAUGCUGCUCAGUUUUAGCCAGUCUUCUUGGAAUCACUUUGGCUGGUACGUGUGUUCGUUGUCAUUAUUCCACUAUUCUGAGUACCUAGUGACAGCUGUCAAUAAUCCCAAAAGUCUGUCCUUGGAUUCUUUCCUCCUGAACCACAGUCUGGAGUACACAGUGGCCGCUCUUUCCUCUUGGAUAGAAUUCACACUUGAAAACAUCUUUUGGCCAGAACUGAAGCAGAUUACCUGGCUCAGUGCCACUGGACUGCUGAUGGUGGUCUUUGGAGAAUGUCUCAGGAAAGCUGCCAUGUUUACAGCUGGCUCCAACUUCAACCAUGUGGUGCAGAAUGAAAAGUCAGAUACCCACACACUGGUGACAAAUGGAGUAUAUGCUUGGUUCCGGCAUCCUUCCUACGUGGGGUGGUUUUAUUGGAGUAUUGGCACCCAGGUGAUGCUGUGUAACCCCAUCUGCGGUGUGGUCUAUGCCCUGACAGUGUGGCGCUUCUUCCGUGAUAGAACAGAAGAAGAAGAGAUCUCACUGAUUCACUUUUUUGGAGAGGAGUACUUGGAAUAUAAGAAGCGGGUGCCCACAGGCCUGCCUUUCAUAAAAGGAGUUAAGGUGGAACUAUGAUGGGUGGGGACCCUGUGGGACCAAAGGGCCUCCGACCUUGCACAAUCUGGGACAAAAUUGCUUCCAGUUAGCUACUACAGAAUGAUUUUUCUUAAUCAUUUUAUAUGUCACUAAUUACUCUUUGGAAUGUCACCCAAGACCAAAUGGUCAGAAGGCCUUAGGACCAAAGGACCCACUGCAGCAAUCUGUUCUCCUGCUCUAUCCAGGUAGGACAUAGAUUAACAGUGAACACGGAGCAACCACAGCAAUAUUCUUCAGCUCCCCUUCCCAAGUGACCUGGGGAGAGCCUGUCCCCACCCACUGCUCCUCCACCCAGCACUAAGCAGGACUCCUCAGGAGGGGUGGACACUGCUCUGCAGAACUUCUGCCACAGAAAGAGUGGUUGGGGUUGCUGUGUAUCCACAUUAAAGUUGCGUCAAGAGACCUUUCAUUUAACUGAAACAGCACCCUCUCACCUCUGUCAUCUUGUCCGGAUGCACGCACACCUACAGCUUUGAAGCCUUUCCUCUACCACACUUUGUCAUAGUACCACAUCUGCUUCCCAAAACCAGUGUGAAUUCAGAGAGCGCCUGGUGUUUCUAGGUCCAGCAUGUGAGCACAGCCACCUCAGGGUUUGGCUGUGUGACUUCCUAGUGAUGUGGCUCACGUUGUUCUGUUACCCAGGAUGAGCUCACUGAGCACCUGCACUGACUGAGAAAUACUGCCCUCCAUAUUCUCAUUUUGCAAUAGCUUGUAUUUUGUGUUUCAGUGAACAUCUUUCAAAUACUGUUUUCUACAUCCCCCAAAUCAUAUUACUCCUGGUGGUGUUUUAAGCUAUCUUUUCCAAUAGGGUUCCACCAUUAUCACUUAACAGUUGCAAAUUCAGGCAAAUAGACUCUUGAAAACAGUCUUCAUUCAAGCAUACCACCCCAGCCAAGGUCCUGCUGGCAUUUUUGUCCUGCAGAUUUGGGGCAAGCAUUUGGCUUGCUGUAUACAACACAGAAGCUUUAAGAGGUGAGACCCUUUUUUAAUCCUGGAUGGACAGGAACUUGGUUUUGGUGUGAGAUCCUUCCAGUGUCAUUAUAAUGAAGCAUGAAUGUGAAGGUGGUGGUGAUGUGUGGCCAGAGCUCUGUGUGGUCUCGAUCGAGCCACUAAAAACCCUUCUGUGUUUAGACGUCCCCAUUGGGGCCAGUCUUACCUACCUCACAGGGGUGUUGUGAGGGCAUCAAACAAUGUCAGAUUUUUUUUUUUUUUUUCCCGAGGUAGGAUCUCACUAGCCUAGCCUGACCUGGAACUCACUCUGUAGUCCCAGGCUGGUCUUGAACUCACAAGUGAUUCUCCUUCCUCUGCCUCCUCAAUGAUGGGACUAAAGGUGUGCGCCAUCACACCCAGCUGUCAGAUGUUUUUAAUACUUAGAUAAGGAUGGCAUAAUGAAAUUAUACACUAUAAAAACUAUACAGAAAUGGGCUUAUAUUUGGUUAAUUGCAAAUAACUAUAUUCAGAAAAGCAUUUUGCUAGCCCAGGAAUCUACUUAUUUCUAGAUUUCCUGGAUUAACUUUUUGUUAUAUAUACCAAAGAGGCUUACGGGUUUGCUGAUUACCACUGUGGGGCUGGCUGGUAUGGGAGCUCACCAUACCUCAUGAGAGCUCACAGGGUACUGACCAGGCCAUGGCUAAUGCUGGCAGAAACAAGCUGCUCAGGAGUAAACAUCAGCACGCACUCAUUCAUUUUGGGACUGUGAGUUGAAUCAGUCCUGUCUGUCCAGAUCACACUACUGAAGCAUUCCACUUGCCAGGACUGUAGGCAGUGGGAGAGAAUGGGUUUUGGCAGCCACACCCAGCUCUUUGAAGGAAAGUUCUUUCUCACAGCAUCUUAGCAAGGUUGGCUCUACCCCUGUUCCCCUGGAGGGCCAUAAAAUUGUCUUAUUGAUGGAUGAAGAGCAGCUAAUGACAGCACUUGGCACUGUGGGUGCCAAGGGUGGUUGUUGGUAUUUGAUGUCAUUGUCCAUUUACCAGAGACCAGAAAACUUAGCCCAGUGGCUGGCUAUGUAUGGAGUUCAGGCCUUGGGGUCUUAGCUGCUGCCUUACAUUCUGGAAGGCUUGAAAUUUGUGUUCUAAGAAUCAUGCUGGGAGUGCAGGUGGUGAAAACAGGCGUAUUCCCUUCCUACUCUCAGGGCAAGAGUCAGUAGUACACAGGAGUAACACAUGAACUACUUAAGAAGUGGGCAGGACUCAGCAUGCUGCUGUGAUCAUGGGAUUAUCUUUAACUUUUUAUGUGUAGCAGUGAAUCAGGCUAAUGAGCUAAAGGCUUUUCAGCUACUUACCAUAAAGGCCACUGUGUCCCCAGAUUUCUUCAAAUUAAGAAACUGUCAGCAGACUUAAUUCUAAAGUGGAGAUUCUUCAGUGGAAGAUGGGUACAGCACAGAAAAAAAAAGCUACUUUGGAAAGGUAGGAAAGGAAGUUUCCCAACUGCAGCUACUUUGAGCUUGUGGCUGUUUGCAGGGAGCUUCCUAGUGGGCAGUCCCAAAAGUCAUAGUCCUCAGUGGCCCUUCAUCGGUGGGAGCUGCUGCUUGAGCCUAAAAUGUAUACUUUUAACAAUCCCUCCCACUUAGUUGCCUAUGGUGGGGGUGGGGUGGGGAGAUGGGUGUAGUGUGUUGGGGAACUAUUCUUAGCAGCCAGGCUCCAUGAGGUCUCAGCCAUAGCUCCUGGUCACAUCCUUGUAACCACCAUGGUGGGUGGUCUCUUCUCACAGCAGCCAUGGUAAGCCCCCUGUUCCUCCGCACCUUCUCACUGCCUUAGGUAGCUUGCUUUCUUUCCAAGUGGCGGCAAGGUUAAAGCCCUCAGCCUUCCUGAUGGGGUGGGUAGCGCCUUAGGUGCCGCUCUCAGAAAGAAUUGGCGCUUACCCAUGCUGGGCUCGGCUGGCUUUCAUCCUGAGUGGAGGCAGCCUGUCCAUCCCAUCGCAAGGAGAGGGAGUUAUAGAGUAAUUAUUCUACUCUUCUUUUUACAUACAGAAAUGUUUAUUUAAAUAUAUUAAAUUGGAUUUUCUUUCACAGAUACAGAUUAUUCUUUCUAAUUCUUAAAUAAAACUACUUGAUUUCACUAUG